AUGUAUGAACUAGCACAUACGACCACAGGGUGUGGAAAACAGGGCUUCCCGUCCGCUCAGCCGUACUUAAGCCACACGCCGGGAGCGAAUCCCUUCUGUUGUAUGUUUUUAUCAUUUUCUUUUUCGACUUUUCAUGAUGCAAAACAUUCUCUAUCUUUGCUCCUAGCUGCUAGGACUAUAGUUCCCCUUUGCUCUGUCGAAUUUGUUAUAUUAUGUAGAAAAGAUGAGGUCUGUGGUCCAAAUGCCAUGACGAGACUGCCUUGGUGGUAA